UUAAUUGCAAUCAAUCAGCCGAAUCGGGGCAAAGUAUAUCCCAGACUCCCUUCACCGACGACUCCAUUUUCUUCUGCUCUCUCGUUCUCUCUUUGCAUUCCAAGAUGGCCAAAUCUGAUGAUUCCAGCCCCCUUUUACCGAAUCAGGAGCAAGAAGCAGGAAUCAAGGACGAGAAGAAGGUCUUCGCCGGCGGGGAUCAACCUCGGGCGGCGAUUCCGAUUGGAUGGACGGCCGAUGGGCUGCCGGUCGGUCAGAUGGAGAGGACUCAGUGGAAUUCUGGAAUCUUCUCGUGCCUCGGAAGGACCGAUGAGUUCUGCAGCAGUGAUCUAGAAGUUUGUUUGCUGGGAAGCAUGGCCCCUUGUGUGCUCUAUGGAACCAAUGUAGAGAGGCUUGGAUCUUCUCCGGGUACCUUUGCUAAUCACUGCAUGCCCUACACGGGUCUUUACUUGUUUGGGAACACAUUUUUUGGCUGGAACUGCCUUGCUCCCUGGUUUUCUUAUCCUAUACGAACAGCCAUUCGCCGCAAGUUCAACCUGGAGGGAAGCUGCGAGGCGCUUACAAGAACCUGCGGGUGCUGCGGCCGCUGCAUCGAAGAUGAAGUCCAACGCGAGCAGUGCGAAACCGCCUGCGAUUUUGCCACCCAUGUCUUCUGCCAUGCCUGUGCCCUCUGCCAGGAGGGUCGAGAAGUUCGUCGUAGGCUUCCUCACCCGGGUUUCGGCGCCCAGCCACCCGUCGUUCUAAUGAUUCCGCCCGGCGGACAGACCAUGGGCCGAGCAGCUUAAUGACUUGUGGUGUAUCUGCUCAUCGAAAGGUUUGUGUUAGUCAGUUGUAUCUUAAUGUUCUGUUCUGUUCUGUCGUCGCUUCGAUUCGAUGUUUUGUUUUGUGGAUUUUUUUUUUUGGUGUUUUUGUUUCAUGAAGAUCAUAUUGUCGUGCUGUUCUAUAUGCAAAACUUGUACCUAAAUGCACUUUUUUAGGAAGAUGUAUGUAUCUGUAUCUGUAUGCGUGUGUGUGUGUGUGUAAGUUUGAUGUAGGGAUGUGCAAAUUGGGACUCUGUUUUCAUUUGCUCAUCUGCACAAUAAAAUUGUUACCUAAAUUGGAAUGUUAAUUUAUCAGUGUUGUGAAAAUCUAAGGACUGUGAUAUGAAUAGAACGUCAGUAUUUAACUGUCGAA